UUUCCUAUUCUCAAAAUAAAUGUCUAAACUUGUCAACCAAGUUAUUUGUGAAGACUUUAAGACUGAGAGGAGUACUUCCAAGGGAGAUUUUAAGGCUCCAAGGAGGAAAUAUAAGGAGACAAUGUCACUGUGGAGUAAGGCAUCUGGAACGGAUAAUAUAAGUAUUGAUGUCAGCACUAGAAGUUCUAUGGGGGGUUCAUCAAUGGAAGUACUUGGGGAUUAUACUUGUUCUCAUAACUAUUCUCAAAGUUGCUCGAAAUAUAAUCAAAUUGAGAAAUUUCUUGACACUAUGAAUAUUACGAGGGUGGAUUUUUCAUCAAUUAUGAAGUCCACCGUUGUUACUCAAGAGAACAAAGUAAAGUUCCUCGGAAAUGGAGCUAGCAGUAUCCAAUCCAGAAAGAAGUUUUAUAUGAGACCCAAGGUUUCCUCUCUUUGGGAAAGAAGGCAAAAUCAGUGCAAGGCCAUGGAUGAAGAAUACGAGUCAUGCUCUGAAUCAGAGAGCAUCUAGAUUCCCAGAAUUUCAAUAGAUAUAGAUUAAUGGCGAGAGGUCUUCUUCUCGCCUGAUCCAUGUCUCA